AUGCGUCUCUACUCCGUCCUGUUGGCGACUGCGGUCGCUCUAGUUGCGACCACCAGCGUCGCCGCUGAGAAGUGCACCCUCAAGACCACGGCUCCCGUCGCGACCACUGCCGCCACUUCCGUGGUGAGCUCCACUACGUCGUCCUACAUCGACGAUGCCAGCGCCGAGGCCGCCUUUGACACUGAUGCCUCCAAUGCUGCCUCGGCGGUCGAUGCCAGUCAGGCCACAACUUCGGACGAGGGUUCCUCUGCUGCCGCCUCAGCCGUCGAUGCCAGUCAAGCCACGACCUCGGACGAGGAUGACGAGGACUCCACUCAAUCGAGCGUUGCCGCGUCGGCUGCCACUGCGACCUCGACUGCGGGUGAGGCUGACUCUACUGUCGACGCGACGGAGGUACCGACGACCACUACAACUGCCGCCUCCACUGCUAGCUCAGCAACUUCCACUGCUACCAGCACCACGUCGACUGCUUCGGCAUCUUCGAGCUCCGGCUUCUGCAGCACGCCCCGCGUACGUAUCACGGAGGUGGAUGUGGGUGAGACCGUGGAGAACAACGAAGAUGAAGCUGGUCUCACCGUCGUCGCCAUCGCAUCGCUGCCCUCUGGCGGCUCGCGCAUCGCCUUCCAGAGCGGCGACAACGUUAUCGUCCGUGAACUUGACUCGAACGACGCCUUGGUGAACAGCACCGCUGCAGUCAAAGUGCCUCUGGUCGACUUCGCGGACCUCCACGCUGACGAUGACGGCCGUGCCCUGCUACGCGUGUGCUACGACGGAUCAACGGAGACGUGGGCCACGAAGCUCACGUCGUCGAGCUCCUCGCUGCCGCCCUACUCCACGUCUGCCACUGGAGAGGAAGUGUACAUGAUCUGGUGGUACGCCCACCACGGCCGUCUGGCGUACGACGGGUCGAACUGGGCCGCAUACUUCGGCUGUGCGCUGUCCGUCUCGGAGGACAGCUGCAUCAACAUCCACCAAGGUGACCGCAUGAAGGUAGUGGAUUCUACCGGCGCCGUCACCUCGGACACCGACUCGUUCGACUGGGGCUGCUCGCACUCUGGCUACGAGCGUAUUACCUACGACAACCGCACGGACGGCUACGCUACGAUCUGCAAGACGGACAGCAACAACCGCAUCAUGCCUCCGAACAACUGGGACGUGACUAUCUACCCGUACUGGGCCACCGUCAGCAACAGCACGUCCGACAGUGACGAGGACAACGCCCGCGUGCACCUCAUCCACUUCUCUAUGGACGCCGAGGCUUCUGAGGACAUCAUUCUUGGAGGAACUGACGCCAACGAGCGCGCGCCCCACCUUGCUGCUAUUGGUGACGGCGGUCUUCUCGCUAUGUGGGAAGGAAGCUCCACGAGCGGAGACCUUGAGUACGAAUCGAGUGGCCGCACGAUUUACGCUCAAGUGCGGGACGCGUCCUCGGGCGCGGCCAUCAGCGAGAAGGUGACGGUCGACAGCUCUGUGAUUGGCAACCGCUACCAAGCGUUGAAGAGCUACCCGGACGGCAGCGUGGCGUAUCUCUCCAUGGGCACGACGAGCACGUCGGUGCAGGUUGUGCAUUUCUUCGGAUGCUAAGAGCUGGAACUGAAGGCAGGAGUGGUGUAGUGUAUAGAUGUAUGGUUGCGUCUGCAAGCGCUCGGCUAUCAACGCCUACAGAAAAUUGCGUAGUACAUGUACAGCUGACGAUGCCAAUGUGAACAUUUUGCCAAAACA